UCUAGGGAGCAUGGAAACGUUUGGGAGUGGUCCGAAGUGGGUAGCGUACACCACGGUAAAGGGGGAUUAGCUAGCUUUAGCGAGCUAGCCGGCAGCAUAACUUUGGGAUUAGGAAGCCGAAACCUUUGUUUUAUUCCGGUUUAAGGAGAAAAGAAGGUGGUCCAUGGAGGAGUCAGGAGAUAUUACUGUGACUGUCAAGACUCUGGACUCUCAGAGCAGGACCUAUACAGUCCGAGGAGAGUGGACGGUGCAGGAGUUUAAGGAGCACAUCGCCUCCUCAGUUGAGAUCCCGGUGGAUAAACAGAGGCUGAUCUACCAGGGCCGUGUGCUGCAGGAUGACCGGACGUUAACGGAAUACAACGUCGAUGGGAAAGUCAUUCAUCUCGUCGAGCGGGCUCCUCCCCAAACAACGCAGCCCGGAGGUGGAGGAGAUGCUGCAUCCAGCUCCUCAGGAGGAGGCGGCGGAGGAGAAGGAUCAUCGGGCUCGAAUCACACCUCUACUUCCACCUCCCAAGGAGCUCCGCACGACCGCAACGGGAACAGCUACGUCAUGCUGGGCACCUUCAACCUCCCAAUGAACAUCCUGGACCCCCAGCAGAUUCAGAUGUCUGUGCAGCAGAUGAUGGCCGGCGUUGGGGACGGAGGGCGGAAUGCCAGAGUCAACACAAGCACUGGGAGCAACGGAUCUGUUGACGUGCACAUCAACUUGGACCAGUCAGCUCAAAGCGAGCCGAGGAUACGGCUCCAGUUGGCGGAAAACUUGCUGCGAGAGACCCAAUCCUUGAUUCAUAGACUGGAGGGGCCAGCGAGUGAAGCCUCCGCGCAACAGGGGGCUUCAGAUUCCUUCUCUUCAUCGGCGCAACCGAUGGACACUUCCCAACCUCCUCGUCCAGCUUCUUCUUCCUCUUCAUCUUCCACCACCUCGACGCAAACAGAAGGGCCACCUCAUUCCGGACCAAAUCACCCAAGUCCAUUAGAGCUGAUGGAGGUGCUCUCCGAAGUGCGGAGGGUUGAGGAAAGGCUCCGCCCCUUCAUGGAGAGAACUCAUACCAUCCUGGGAGCGGCCCAAUCUGCUGAUUACAACAACAAUACGCAAGAGCGGGACGAAGACCAGCGCACCCUCAACGUAGUCGGCGAGUCCCUACGGCUUCUAGGCAACACCCUGGUGGCUUUGAGCGAUCUUCGGUGCAACCUGGCCGCACAGCCUCCCCGCCACCUACACGUGGUCCGGACCAUAACCCACUACACGUCACCCGUUCUGCUGCAGAGUGGUCUGCCCCAUAUCCCAAUACCAAUGAACAUCGGAACCACGGUUGCAAUGAGCUCUAACCCCAGACAGCCAGGUGAAGGUCAGCCUCAAUCAUCUCAUCCAUCUGGCCAACCGGAAGAACAAGCGCCAUCCUCUCAACCCAACGGAGCCAAUCAGACGCCCGGUCCAGGGACGCCACGCGUGAUCAGAAUCACCCACCAGACCAUGGAACCUGUGGUGAUGAUGCAGAUGAACCUGGACGAUUCAGGCAGUGGAGCUCAGGCCCCAGGCCAACAGAAUUCCAACGCUGCAGGACAGACUGGAUCCGCCCCACCCAUGCACAUCCCUGGCUUACCUCCUGAGUUCAUGCAGGCCAUCGUGCACCAGAUCUCGCAGCAGGCCGCUGCAAUAGCCACCGCAGCCUCAGCCGGCCAUCAGGCAGGAGCUCCUGCGCCAAACGUCCCAAAUGGAGAAGCCCCGGCUGUUCCUCCACCUCCACAAGCCAGAGUCGUUAUCACUCGGCCCACUUUUACUCCGCACAUUGCUCAGUCUGCUGGCACCAGGGCAGCUACGAUUAACCUGCGUGCCUCGGGGCCACCCCAUGCCAGCCAACAGCCCGCUCAGGGCUCUAUGGGUAAUUCUCCUCUCACUCAGAUGGUGAGCGGUUUGGUCGGCCAGCUGCUAAUGCCGAUGCACACAGGUGUUGAAAGCUCUCCAUCCCAAUCGUUCUCCUUCUCUACCUCUUCCUCCUCUUCCUCUACUGCCCCUUCCACAUCAGCCAAUGCGUCUACACAUACUUCUUCUAACACUACCAGCACAGCUCCCAUGGGCCAGUCACAGAACGAGGGUCUGGAGGGGAACCUGUCCCACCUGCUCGGCUCUCUUUUGGGUGGAGCUGCUGGAGUAGGUGGAAGUGUCUCUGGAGGUUCUCCUUCCAUAACUGUGACGAUGCCUGGGAUGCCUUCCUUCAUCCAGGGCAUGUCUGAGUUUAUCCAGUCCAAUCAGCCUGUGUUUCCUCCUCCCCCGAGCCAGCAGCCUCCGCCCGCUUCUCCUGCUCCAUCUGCUCCAUCAGCGACUUCUCCAAACCCUCCUCAUCCUCCCAGCGGAGGAGGAGACACCCUGAGCCCAGAGCUGUUCACAGGCAUCGUGCAGGGCGUCCUGUCCACCAUGAUGGGCUCUCUGGGGGCCGGACAGGGGAACAGCGAGAGCAUCGCCCAGUUCAUUCAGAGGCUUUCUCAAACCAGCAAUCUCUUCACUCCUGGAGCUGGAGAUGCCGUGGGGUUCUUUGGCGACUUGCUGUCUCUUGUGUGCCAGAGUUUCUCUAUGGUGGACAUGGUGGUUCUGCUGCACGGCAACCCGCAGCCCCUAAGUCGGAUUCAGCCCGAACUCACUAAUUUCUUCAAUGAGCACUAUCUCAACGGACGAGAGCCUACCGAUGCCAAUAUCUCUUCCGCCGCUGAAGAUCUCAUCAACGGACUGGAGGAGUACAUCGCCGAGAGUUUUUCCGCAGUCACAGUGCGAGAAGGAGUGGACAUCAUCCAGACCAACACGUCGUUCCUCAGACAGCAGUUCACCCGCAUGGCAACGCACAUACUCCGGUGUACAGAUGACACGUUUGGUCCUCGCUUGCUGUUUCUCUGCACUCAGGGUCUGUUCGAGUGUCUGGCUCUUAACCUGUACUGUUUACGAGGAGAGCAGAGGGCGCUAACGUCGGUCAUCAACCAUCGAAUCAGACGGAUGUCUGCUGAAGUAAAUCCCAGUCUAGUAAACUGGUUGACCAGCAUGAUGUCCAUGAGACUGCAUGUGAUCCUGGACCAUAAUCCGGUCACAGAGGACCAAAUUCAGCAAUACGUUCUCAACACACAGCCUGAGUCUGAUGUCAGAGUGGAGUUGAAUACGGAGGCCGUCCAGCAGACCGGGAUCCAGAACGUGGAGAUGUCUCCAGCACCCGCAACCACUGCUGAAGAGGCCAUGGCACCUUCAGGAGCGAGAACAAACUUCAGGCAGCCUGCUCCAGAUCUCACUCCCAGUCGCAGGCCGUCCACAGGGAACGCACGCGGACCUGCCGGAAUGGCGGCUAAUGAGAAGGAGGAGUCAGGGAUGGAGGCAGAGCCCUGGGCAGCAGCUGUACCACCUGAGUGGGUGCCCAUCAUUAGGCAUGACAUGCUGUCUCAAAGGAAAAUAAAAGCUCAGCCUCCCCUUUCUGACGCUUAUCUUCAAGGAAUGCCAGCCAAGAGAAGAAAGACUGCUCAGGGCGAGGGCCCUCACCUUUCUCUCUCGGAGGCCGUGAGCGUCGCUGCCCGAGCAGUAGGAGCCCGGCCAGUCACUUCUCCAGACAACCUGCAGGGGGAGCUGGACACACCAGAGAUGCAGGACGCUUACAAACAACAGGUGGAACAAACUAUCAAGACUGACCUAAAGAAUAGAGUCGAGGAAGAUCCCGACUACAAUUCUCAGCGUUUCCCGAACACAUGCAAAGCGUUCUCUGAAGACUCGUCGUUCCAUUUUUCGGAUGAAUGAGUCGGAAGGCGCUCUACAGUCAGGCAAUAGAGGAGCUGGAUUCUUCUGUGCAGGGGACUCACGCUUGUACUCUUCACUCAGCAGCAACUGAUGGCUAGUCCUUGUUACAUUUCCCGUCUCCACGGUGUCUCGAGAUCACAAUCUUUUUUUUCGUCCAAUUUCACGGCAACCAACGCUUUAAAUUACAUCAGUCGCAUCUGGAGGAUCUGUCGCACCUGCGAUGAAAGUACGUUGCCACACGAGGCGCCAACGAGGCAGACGGUUUAGUGUAAUACUCAAGUCAUAGUAAAGCCCAUCAGGAUUUCUUUGUAAUGUAAAUGUUAUGAAUGAUGUCGUAUUGCGUUUUAAUUUGAGUAGUUGCGUUAAAUGAUAUACACCAUGUAUAUACACGAAGUACAAAAAAAAUAAGUCUACUUGUGAUGUUCUGUAUACACACACAUUAGGUUGUUUCUAGACCCGUUCACCCAGACGAGUAUUAGUUAUGUAAUGAGCUUUCCCCCCCCUCUGUAUUUGUGCUGUCUCUGGCUAAUCAACAUCCUCAAUUUACUGAUCGUGAAGGUGAUCGUCCUACGGCGAAACAACCCGCAAAACCUAGUGUCGACCCACUUGUGAAGCGAAUCAGUGUUCCAAAGUCAUGUAAUAAAAUCCAAAAGAGGUGUUAAA